AUGAAAGAAUUGAUAUUACUCACGUUAAUAUACUUUUUUGUAUCGACAUGUCUAGCCAAGUUGGUUCACAAAACUACAGACAAGCCUGUCUCUAAAUUGGUAGCCGAGGCUAAUAAACCUGAUGUUGUAACUAAAGAUAAAAUCGGUGAAUAUUUAAAUGUUCACAGUAACAAACAACGUAAUCCUAGGAAUCCUACCAUCACCCAAUCCCCGAAAAAUGUAACAAAAAGCAAACCUGAAAAAAAGAAAGUCUUAGUGAAGAAGCCGAUUCCUAAAUACCAAGAAGUCAACAGCGACGAAGAUUAUCAGAAUCGUAAUAAAUGGACUAAAAAUCAAGACUCGGCUGAACAUGAAGAUGAAGAUUUCAAUAUUAAUGAUUAUGAGUUUGAUGUGAAUCAUGACGAGUUCGUAAGUGGAAGAAAACCUUUAGAACCGAGAACAAAAUUUGUCGCAAAGCCUCAACGUCCUAAAGAAACUGCAAAGACAGAGAAAGCACCAAAGCCUAAAAAAGCGAGAUCUUUGGCGAAACAAAAAAAUAUUUUCCCUAGAAAUAUAGGCUCUGUGAAUCUGAGAAACCCCGCGGACAAAAUGAAGGAAGACGAUUACGAUCAAGAAUUUUCAACAACCACACAAGCUAAUAAAGAUUCUAAGCGCGAGAAAGAUGAUGAUGAAGACAGCGAUGAGUUUGAAGAUAGCAGUGAAUUCACACGCUCCUCUGUUAGAAUAGUGAGAUCACCCUGGCAUAUAGGACUGGGAACAUACGUCGAUAAACUUGGCGAGAAAACUUCAAAUAUGAUGUCAAAAUUUUUAAGCAUUUUGCCUAUAUUUCCACAAGUACCUCAAGCAAAGAAAUUAAGUGAAGAUUUAUCAUUUUUAGAUAACACAGUAUAG